UUGAAGACUGGAUCUAUUAUUGUUAGUAAACGGUCGAGUUUCGUUGUUAAUUUAGUUAUUUCCAAAUAUUAAAAUAACUAAAAUGAAAGUGGAUGUGCAACAGAAUGCUGAUAAGCCAAAAAUACCGCUUCCGACACUAUCACAAAUAAAUGCUGAUCGAAUAACACUCCUGGCAAAUCAGUACUGGUCACCGCAAACUAAAGAGAAUCACCUACCUUAUGAUGCUGCAAUUGUGGAAUCGAUUUACCAAGCAGAGAUUCUUGGAUCCAGUUUUGCAGUUCGCCGCAUCAUGAUGCUGGAGUUCUCUCAAUACCUUGAGAACUACUUGUGGCCACACUAUGAGACAGAAAAGGCGUCGCAUGCCCAUAUGAUGUCAAUUAUAGUCAUGAUUAACGAAAAGUUCAGGGAGAGAGUACCUGCGUGGCAGGCAUUUCUCAAAAAGCCGGAACAUUUUCCCGCCUUCUUCGAGCAAGUGCUAAGAGCCAGCGUAGUGGAUGAAGCGAAAAAUAUGCGUGAACAGACUGCAUUACUUCUUUUUCUUAAUCACUGCUUUGGAAGUAUGGAGGUGCAGCUGUGUAGAGACCAGGUCAAGAGGCUUGUCUCUCUCAGUAUGUGGAUCAGCUUGCAAGAAGGGAGAAGAAAUCAAGAGUUCAAAACUGUGCCGAAAUGGCGUAAAUACUGGCGCGCGAUCCAGAAGAAGGACAAGCCAGAACUGAUGGAUAAGCUACUGUGGGAGCGGAGAUACUUACAAAGACUAAUGAUCAAGUUUAUGCGUAUUUUGGAGAGUAUACCCGAGACGGAAGACGUUGACCCUUAUGCAGUCAGGUAUUGUGAGCGGUUCCUCGAGCUCAUGAUAGACCUGGAAGCGCUAUUACCCACGCGUCGGUUCUUCAACACAGUCAUGGACGACUGUCAUCUCGUGGUGCGAUGCCAGCUGGCGCCGCUUGCUAGAAGAUCCGAGGGGCAGCUGUUCUUACAGCUCCUGCAAAUGCUUAAAUUCUACGCUCGGUUUGAAAUCAGCGACGAAACCGGCGACCCCAUGACCGAUCGGGACAUGACUCUGUUACAUUAUUCGCGCAUUACUUCAUUGCAGAAAGCUGCUUUCUCAAAGUUUCCAGAUCUAAGAUUAUUCGCCCUUGCAAAUGUCGCCAGCGUUGAUACUAGGGAAUCUCUACAAAAGCAUUUCGGGAAUCUCAGCGAUAAGGCUCUACGAGCAAUUGCUACAUACCUGAACCUCAUCCCACCAGAAGACAAAUUAGAAGGGGCGUCAUGGCAUAGAUUGGAUAAAGACUUUUUGAAAGAAUUAUUGAUAUCCCGGCACGAGCGUCGUAUAUCCCAAUUAGAAGAAUUAAACUCGAUGCCCCUUUAUCCAACCGAGGAGAUAAUCUGGGACGAGAAUGUUGUUCCCACGGAGAUCUACAGCGGCGAGAACUGCCUCGCGUUGCCAAAACUAAACUUGCAGUUCCUAACGCUCCACGACUAUUUGCUGAGAAACUUCAAUUUGUUCCGACUGGAGAGCACGUAUGAAAUCCGGCAGGAUAUUGAGGAUGCUGUCUAUCGAUUGGCGCCAUGGCGAGCAGAAGAUGACAGCGUAUACUUCGGAGGUUGGGCUCGAAUGGCGCAUCCGAUCCAGAGUUUCGCAGUUGUCGAAGUGGCAAAACCUAAUAUAGGAGAGAAGGCACCCUCCAGAGUGCGUGCAGACGUGACCGUCACGCUCAGUGUGCGCAACGAAAUCAAACACGAAUGGGAGAGUCUAAGAAAACAUGACGUGUGUUUUCUAAUCACGGUACGACCGACGCAAGGAAUUGGCACAAAAUAUGAUUACAAGAAGAGUAUGGUAGAACAAGCCGGGAUAUUCUACGUAAGAGGCUGCGAAGUUGAAGGAAUGUUGGAUGCAUCUGGCAGGGUCAUUGAAGAAGGUCCCGAGCCGAGGCCUGAUUUGGAUGGCGACUCGAGGACUUUCAGACUGCUAUUGGACCCCAACCAGUAUCGAUUGGAUUUGGACCAAGCUAGCAAGGGUAAAGAGGACGUAUAUGAAACAUUCAACAUUGUGAUGCGCCGCAAACCGAAAGAGAACAACUUUAAAGCAGUGCUGGAGACGAUACGCGAGCUGAUGAACACUGAAUGCGUUGUCCCGGACUGGUUGCAUGACAUUGUGCUGGGAUACGGUGAUCCUGGACAGGCGCAUUAUACAAGAAUGCCCAAUGAGAUCCCAACUCUGGACUUCAACGACACUUUUCUGGACAUGGAGCAUUUGCGCAACAGCUUUCCAGGAUAUGAGAUAAAAGUGCAAACUGACGAUCCGAGGAAACUAAUACGUCCAUUCAAGUUGACCUUCGAAAAUGUGAAGCGCAAACAAGAACUAGGGGAGAAUGCGAUGGACGAAGAUGAGGCUCGGAAGGUCAUCGUAGUAGAGCCUCACGUUCAACCGAAGCGGGGGCCUUACCUCUACAAUGAACCGAAGAAGAACAACAUCCUAUUCACGCCCACUCAAGUGGAAGCGAUUCGGUCGGGGAUGCAGCCUGGACUCACCCUUGUUGUCGGACCGCCUGGAACUGGCAAGACCGACGUAGCGGUGCAGAUAAUCUCGAACCUGUACCACAACUUCCCGUGGCAGCGGACGCUGGUGGUCACUCACAGUAACCAGGCCCUUAACCAGUUGUUCGAGAAGGUGGCUGAGCUUGACGUGGAUGAACGGCAUCUGCUGCGUCUUGGGCACGGUGAAGAGGCGUUGCAGACUGAUAAGGAUUUCUCCAGAUACGGUCGUGUGAACUACGUGCUAGCGAAACGCCUCGAGCUUCUGGAGCAAGUAUCCAGACUGCAAAGCACGCUAGGUGCGGGCGGGGAUGCGGGCUCGACUUGCGAACUGGCGCACCACUUCCACGUGUACCACGUUCGGCCGCGCUGGCAAACCUUCCUGCACACGUGCAGCAAGGAUCAGGCUAAAUCGAUAGAGACUAUCAACAAAGAGUUUCCAUUCCACGAGUUUUUCGACGAUGCUCCGAAGCCACUGUUCCCCGCACGUUCCUACGAGCAGGAUAUGGAGAUUGCUGAGAGUUGUUACCGCUAUAUAGAUCACAUAUUCGAGGAGUUGGAAGAGUUUCGUGCAUUCGAGUUGCUGAGGUCCGGUCUGGACCGCUCCAAAUAUCUCCUAGUUAAGGAGGCAAAGAUCAUCGCUAUGACGUGCACACACGCUGCCCUGAAACGUUCGGAGCUAGUGCAGAUGGGUUUCAAAUACGACAACAUAUUGAUGGAAGAGUCAGCUCAAAUCCUGGAAAUUGAAACCUUUAUCCCACUUCUUCUGCAAAAUCCCCAAGACGGCCGCUCACGUCUCAAGCGCUGGAUAAUGAUCGGAGACCACCACCAGUUGCCGCCGGUGGUCAAGAACAUGGCCUUCCAGAAAUACUGUAACAUGGAACAGAGCUUGUUUACACGGAUGGUGCGUCUAGGAGUACCCUAUGUAGAACUAGAUGCGCAAGGAAGAGCACGAUCUAGUAUCUGCAACCUGUACCGCUGGAGGUACCGCAAUCUAGGAGACUUGGCACACGUUUGUCGUCUGCCGGAGUACCGCGCGGCGAACGCCGGUUUGCGCCACGACUUUCAGCUGAUCAACGUUGACGAUUUUAACGGCGCGGGAGAGACCGAACCAAGUCCUUACUUCUACCAGAACUUGGCGGAAGCCGAGUACGUUGUGGCAGUCUUCAUGUUUAUGCGACUGGUCGGUUGGCCAGCUCACCGGAUCUCCAUCCUCACCACCUACAAUGGACAGAAGCACCUCAUCCGUGAUGUUAUCACUAAACGAUGCGCUGACAACCCACUCAUUGGGAGACCACAUAAGGUGACAACAGUGGACAAAUACCAAGGGCAGCAGAACGACAUCGCCCUUAUAUCGUUGGUGCGAACUAAGGCUGUGGGACACGUACGCGAUUUGCGUCGUCUCAUCGUCGCCGCGUCGAGAGCUCGACUUGGCCUUUACGUCUUCGCAAGGGCCAACCUGUUCAGAAACUGCUUUGAAUUGCAGCCUACGUUUAACCAACUUGUAGAACGUUCCUUGGAGUUGGAGAUCAUCCCAGGGGAAAGGUACCCGGCACAGCGCAGCGCAACUGCAACCGUUCCAGACUCGAUGGUUCUAAGCGUACGCGACAUGCCUCACAUGGCACGUUUCGUGUACGACAUGUACUUGGACAUCGUGCGACAGUCCGACACGCAGAAAUCGCAGAAGUCGUGGAGUGCACCCGGCUCGGGCGGCUUAGCCCCGCGUCCUGAACACUUCGUGCCCGCACAUCCCGGCGCCGCGCCCGACAGUGACGACGAGGAGCCCACUGGUGGGCCCACGUUCACUCCCACGGACAUCGUCAACGAAGUGGAGGAGUCCAAUGCUUGAACACUACUCUUGAAAUGAAGAUUAACCUUAAUUUGUUUAAAAUAAAAUAAUCUGCAACU